AUGGCUCUCCUCCUCCCCCGCCUCACCCACUGCGCCGGCCACCGCCUCUCCAGACAGCUGUUCACCCUCCCCGACCUCUCGUCUCUGUCCCCAUUUUCUGGUGGUGAUGGCGGCGACCCACCACCACAGGUGUACCAUGAACGCAAGAUAUUUCCAUACACGCAGAAGGAACUGUAUGACCUAGUCGCGGACGCGACGUCCUACCCCCGGUUCCUCCCGUUCUGCACAAACGCGCGAAUACUGGGAAAACACCAAGGGCGUCCCGACCUGCCCGGGCGGACCACGAUGGACGUCGAACUCACCGUGGGCUUCAUGUCUUUCCAGGAGAGCUACGUCAGCGAGGUCACCUGCCGACCGUAUGAGUCCGUAGAGGCGGUGGCGGCGUCGGCAACACCCUUGUUCAAAUCGUUGAACACCGUGUGGCGCUUCCAGCCUGCGUCAGCGCAGUCGCCUCAUUCGACUGCGCGUUUUCCUUCAGAAGCCCGCCAGCAGGACAUCUCUAACGCCGCUGCCGCCGUAGCGCCGCCUCAAGGAGGGGACGCCCGGCCCACGCUCGUUACGUUGGACCUGUCUUUCGCCUUCGCGAACCCGGUCCAUGCGGCGGUCUCGGCCACCUUCUUCAGCAAGGUGUCGAAGAUGAUGGUGCAGGCUUUCGAGGAGCGGUGUCUAGAAAUUUACGGACCGGGUAAAGCGUGA